AUGGCAAGCACAGCAGUCUGCGUGACUCCGGUCAAGAAGCGCUCUGCAGUCUUCAACACCCGUACCGCCGGCGGUCGGAUACCACUAACACCCUCCCCUCGCACCCCACGCACUCAAACUCCCGAUGUGCAGGCACACGAGUCGAUCCAUGGCAACGACUUCAAGUCUCGCAUCCAGCGCUCCGUCACCAAGACCACCCGCGACUCCCCCAAGUCCAACAUUGCUCGCUCCCACACACACACUCCCCGCCGGUUAGAACUCGGUGUAUCAGAGUGGGCUCUCACUGGAUCCGGUACUGCUGCCGCGGCCAAGGCAAAGAAGGAGAAGAAGGAGGCGGCGGCUGCUAUUCGCGCUCGCCCUACCAAGACUCGCAUUGCCUACAACGCUGCCGACCGUUUCAUCCCCAACCGGACGGCAAGCGAGGGCAUCCGUAGUGUCGGUGCCGCCAAGCUCGAUGUUGAACAGCGUCCCAAGUCUAGCUCCAAGCAGGAGGGCUCAACCGUGCUUGCCAACGCCGCCAGUGCUUUCGAUCUCGGUGGCCGUGGGUCAGAGGAGGACGUUGCACUCUCCUUGGAGGGUCUGAGCCUCGAGGACGACGACGAGGAGAGCCGAUCAAAAUCAAAGCCUGCUCCUGGCCAGGCUGCAUACCAGUCCACACUCGCCUCGGCAUGUGGCAUCAACACAAACACUCGCAUUCUUGCUUUCAAGCCUGCCCCACCUGAGUCGUCCAAGCCCAUCGACCUUCGCUCGCAAUACAACCGUCCCCUCAAGCCCACUAGCGCCGCCAAUGCACAGAGCCGUCGUCGCAUCCCAUCAGCACCUGAGCGCGUCCUCGAUGCUCCUGGUCUUGUCGAUGACUACUACCUCAACCUUCUUGACUGGUCUUCCGGAAACCAGGUCGCCAUCGGUCUUGAGCGCUCAGUCUACGUCUGGUCUGCUGACUCCGGCUCAGUGGCGUCUCUCCUUGAGUGCCCUGCUGACACCUACAUCUCAUCCGUCAAAUGGUCUGGGGAUGGUGCCUACGUCGGUGUUGGUCUCGGCACGGGCGAGGUUCAGAUCUGGGAUGUUGAGGAGCAGACCAAGCUUCGUAGCAUGUUCGGCCACGAGACCCGCGUUGGUGUUAUGGGAUGGAACAAGCACAUCCUCUCCACCGGUGCCCGCUCUGGUCUUGUGUACAACCACGACGUUCGUGUCGCACAACACAAGAUUGCUGAGCUCGUCUCCCACACUGGAGAGGUCUGCGGUCUUGAGUGGCGCGCCGAUGGUGCCCAGCUCGCUACUGGCGCCAAUGACAAUAUGGUCAACAUCUGGGAUGCUCGCGCGCUUGCUGCUCCCAAGUUCACCAAGACCAACCACCGUGCUGCUGUCAAGGCGGUCUCAUGGUGCCCAUGGCAAUCCAACCUGCUUGCCACCGGCGGUGGUUCCAACGACCGUCAAAUCUACUUCUGGAACACAACUACUGGUGCUCGCAUCAACCACAUUCCUACCGACUCCCAGGUCACCAGCUUGCGCUGGAGCACCCACUACAAGGAGAUCGUCAGCACUGGUGGCUUCCCCGACAAUAGCUUGAGUGUCUGGAGCUACCCCUCCGGUGUCAAGAACACUGAGAUCCCUGCCCAUGAAUCUCGUGUCCUCCACAGCUGCCUCAGCCCUGAUGGUCAGAUGCUUGCCACCGCUGCUGCCGACGAGUCCCUCAAGUUCUGGAAGAUCUUUGAGAAGAAGCCCGGCCAGCCUUCCGUUGCCGCUGCUGGCUCUGCUUCCAUGAAGCCCAGCGCCACCAAGCAGAUGACUAUUCGUUAG